AUGCAAGCUGCGUAUAAAAUUUAUUUCCAAGAUGAAGGUGAAAAGUUUACAUUUGAGGCUGCAUGGAGAUUAUUGAAAGAUGAACCUAAAUGGCUCGCAGGUUCAUCAGAAGCUUCUGCAAAAAGAACAAAGAAUUCAACUUUAGGAGCAUAUUCCUCAUCUUCUAAUCCACUAACACCAACGAGCAACGAAUAUAAUUCACCAUCACCUAUUAUGUUACGUCGUCCAAUUGGUCAAAAGGCAGCAAAAAAAGGAGAAAGAAAAGCUUGUGGAAAUGUCUUCUACUCCCAAUGUUAA